UACUCUUUUCCACCAGACUCCAAGGAAGCCCCGAGGAUACUGGACCAGUGCCUGGCUGCUGUGAUGGGCUGGAUGAGGACGAACAAGCUGAGGAUCAAUCCUGACAAGACAGAGGUCCUCCAGGCGUGAAGAAAGCCUUGUCCCUCCCCGGAUAAGCGACGGCUCUCAGACAUUCAAACCGCAUCAUGGAACUUUGCAAAGACGCAACGGACUUGAGGAAGGUCCUGCUCUAGAACAUCGAUGGCCGAUGCAUCCUGGGACUAAUGGGAUCUUUCAGCAGCGUUGGGUGAGAUGCCCGAAGACAAAGUUCCCACUAUGGUGCAAAGAAAGCUGCCUGUGUAAUGCUCGCCGUUCGCGGCUGAGGAGCGGGAAAUAGCUAGACAGGUGCUACCUCGGUGGCUUCUUCCAACAUGACCAGUCCCCAGCCUCCUAUAGAAGGCGGAGUGUCAGAAGUUGAAAUAAUAUCCCAACAAGUAGAAGAAGAGACCAAAAGCAUUGCCCCCGUCCAGCUUGUUAAUUUUGCUUAUCGGGACUUGCCACUAGCCGCGCUAGAUCUCUCUGUAGCAGGGUCCCAGCUCUUGUCAAAUUUGGACGAGGAGUACCAGAGAGAAGGAUCUAACUGGCUCAAACCGUGUUGCGGGAGGCGAGCGGCUGUCUGGCAAGUCUUCUUGCUCAGCGCGAGCCUCAACAGUUUCCUGGUAGCCUGUGUUGUGUUGGUGGUGAUCCUUCUGACUCUGGAGCUCCUCAUAGAUAUCAAGCUUCUCCAGUUUUCAAGCGCCUCCCAGUUUGCUGGAGUCAUUCACUGGAUCAGCCUAGUCAUCCUCUCUGUGUUCUUUUCAGAGACUAUUUUGAGAAUCGUUGUUCUGGGUAUUUGGGACUACAUUGAAAACAAAAUAGAGGUAUUUGAUGGUGCUGUGAUCAUCUUAUCCUUGGCUCCGAUGGUGGCCUCGACGGUGGCCAACGGGCCCAGCAGCCCAUGGGAUGCCAUCAGUCUGAUCAUCACGCUCAGAAUUUGGAGAGUCAAGAGAAUUAUCGACGCGUACGUUUUGCCUGUUAAAGUGGAGAUGGAGAUGGUGAUUCAACAGUACGAGAAGGCCAAGGUCAUUCAAGACGAACAGCUGGAAAGACUGACCCAGAUCUGCCAAGAACAGGGGUUCGAAAUCCGGCAGUUGCGGGCUCACUUGGCUCAGCAAGACCUGGACUUGGCCGCGGAGAGGGAGGCCGCACUGCAGGUCCCGCACAUGCUCAACAAGCAGUCCAGCAACCGGUACAAGGUCGUGGCCGCGGGAGGGGACUCGGACGACGAAGCCACCGAGAACAUCAUGGAGCUGCGGCCAGCGCGAGAGACGAUGGUCAAAGACGACAUGAACAACUACAUCAGUCAAUACUACAAUGAGCCCAGUAGCGACAGCGGCGUUCCGGAAGGCGCUAUUGGUGUCAUCACGACGGCCGCCAUCGACGUCCACCACCCCAACAUCUCCUCUGACCUCUUUACCGUGGAAGUGCCAAUGAAGAUCGUGGGGAGCAACGGAACGUCCACCAGCGUGGCCUCGGGCAGCGCCUCCCGCUCCACGGACAGCUCCGUCACGCGGGCGCAGAGCGACAGCAGCCAGACCUUUGGCUCCUCCACGGACUGCAGCACCACCCGGGAGGAGUCCUCCGAGUACUGCCCCUUGGAGCGGGCCGGUGCCCACGCGCCCCAAGGCAACCCGGCCGGCUCGUCGUCCUCCUCCUCGUCCUCCUCCGCCCACAGCAGGGUCAACAACGCGGUGGUGCAAGAACUGCUCUCGUCGCUGUCCGACGAUUCCUGCUUGACGCAGAAAAGACUGGACCCGGUCAACCUGAAGCUGCCCAGCCCGGCCGGGUCGACCAAAGCCAGCCCGGAACUGGAGCACCGCAUGAACCUUUACAACAAGAAGAACCAGGAAAGCUUUGGCGUGUUCCAGAUCAAGCCGGUCAUCCACUUCCAGCAGAACGCGCCCAUGAUUGACAAGUAUACGUCUUUGGAAUCCAAAGAGCAAAAGUUAAACAGGGUCCCGGAUUCAUAAUCCUUUUGUUGCCAUGGGGAGGGGGGAUAAAUGGAG